AUGGCGUCACUCAAGGUUCUGUUUACCGUCCUCCUUCUCAAUGCCCAGUCUGCGCUGGGCAUUGACCGUGUGUGCCAGCAUUUCCCGUAUAAUGAGCUGCUCCCUCUCAAACACUACCCGCCAGCGGAAUUAUACUGUUCUCGCCAUUUUGUGACAAUCUCCAAACCUGCCAAGACUCUAACGCUCACAACCGGCAUCACCACAUCGACUGUUUACACAUCGACUGCGACAGCGUACGUCUACACGACUACAAAGACAGCCACGGUCACCAUUGGAACUUUGACGCAGACUGUCCACACCGGCACAGAGAUUGAUACCGUCUACACCCAGACAGAUGUUGUCACCCAAUACACUGCUACAUCAACCGACUACCAAACCACUGGAACGGAUACCGUCACCACAACCGUAGCUACAGUCCCCACAACGAUCACAACCGCAACUAUCACAGUCUUUGAGACCCAGAAAGCCACGACAAUAGCCUCAUCUGGAACUGUUACGGUCUACACCACUGUCGAUACCGGCCUGCAAAAGCGCCAUCACCACGAUUCUCGUGAUGAUCUUCUGCCGAAGCUGGCAAGAUGCCAGAAUAAGAUCUUGAAGACGGCUUGCUCGUGUAUCGAAGUUUCCGGACCGACGCGUACCGUCACACAUACGACCAAGUGUACCCAUACUUCGUUCAAGACUGUCGGCGGGGUGACCAAAACUGUGAAUGUCGUCGGCACAACGACAACGAAAGAGGCGUCGACAUCUACUAUCAGCACCGCAACUACAAUGACUGCAUCUGUUGGUUAUAUCACCACCGUAUUGGAUACUGAAAUAGAUACCAUCAGCACUGAUUCGGUCUCGACUCUGUCGACAGUCUUUAUCACCGAAGUCCCUACAGCCGCCACGACGACGGCUUCAGUUACUUCUUUCUCACCAGUCAACGUCGCAUUUACCACAACCGUGCCUACAAUAUCCACUACGACGGUGAUAGUACCGGCCGCCACUGCGACCAUCUCGACUAAUGUUGCGUAUACCAAAGUAUUCGGUCCUCAAGAUGGUUGCGCCUAUGUCUUGGAAGCUGACUUCCUUGAUCAAUAUUCGCAAAACAUCCCUGCUGGUACACCGCAUGCUGACAGGGUUGCCAUCUGCGCUGCGUUCUGCGACACAACGCCUGGAUGCAAAACAUUUGGCAUGAACUGGUUCCCGGCUUGCGGGGGCAACGGCGAGUCGGUGUAUUGCAUUGCUUCCCAGGAUGCAUGGGCGGGCUCAAGUACCAUGGAGUGCGGCAUUGGAACCGGAUAUAAUGGAUGUUCCAUCUACCAGGACGGCACGGUAUUUCAUGAGACCGCGGGGCCGGGGGUUCUGCCAGAAGUUGAUGCGUCUCGAUUAGAGAGCUCCAACACACUGGGUAACGCCGGGGCACCUGAAGUUUUCCGUGGAUAUGACGGGUUGGAAGUGGUUAAUGGCGAUCUGCUCAACGAAAGCAACAAAAUAAAGGCCGAGAACGAAGCUGCAUUAGCGACUGAACACAAUACGCCACAGAAAAACGCGAGGAAAAGGCUAAUAUGGAUCGCGGUCGGAGUUGGGGUUCUGGUAGUCGUGAUAGUGGCAGCCGUGGUUGGCGGUGUUCUUGGAUCGCGACAUCAUCAUGACAACUCCUCGGCGUCCUCGAGUCCUUCCAGCGAGACAUCGUCGGCUUCUCCGGCUCCCACCUCGUCACCGCCGCCCAGCGCCAUUUACUCCAAAUCAAGCUUAUCGGUAACCGGUUGGUGGGAAACCACGUCGAGCUACAACAUCCGCCUCGCCUACCAGGGAAACGAUGGGUUAUUACGCAUGAUAGGCUACAGCUCGGACGAUGAAGAAUGGUCAACGGUGUCAGCGUAUCAUGCCGACCCGGCACCAAAGAUGGGCACUCCAAUUGCGCUUUGCUGCUACAAUGCCACGUUCUACAGUGGAGGUAAAGCGACCUCCUCCAAUAACUAUACGCAAAUCGAUAUAUUCUACCAGGGAAAGCAAGACUAUAUCAACGAAUGGAUCAUCCGAGAGCAAAAAGUCCCAGUGGUGACAACUACGGACACCACGGGCACCAUCAACCCGAAGGCCUACAAAGCUGGCCCAAACACAAGGAUUGCAUCCUAUUGGCCCAGCGUCAUCUUUCAGAACGAAGUGAACCAACUAGAAGAAGCCUAUUUUACGACACAGAGCGUCUGGAAUCAUCAACUAUUGAAUCUCUCAAGCACAAAUCACUCGGCACUAGCAGAAGUCCCCUAUUGGGGAGGGAGAACUGGCAGCGCCAAUUUCAUCUAUCAACGAGAUGACCAGAGGCUUUUUGCGGAACGGCGGGUCAAUGCCAGCGUAGCAGCAGCUGCAGAUGCACCACCUGACACUAUCCCUUCCCAGGCAAGCAUUGGAGCCUUUGCCAUUCCGAAGACUACAGUGCAAGAUAGCCUCAUGAAUACUUAUAUUUUAUGGCGAAACGAUACUGGCGCUAUCCAGAUGACCAAGAAUGAUGACAACAACGGGUGGCAAACAUCAUCAACACCAGAUGCCCUCGGAAGUCCCGACGAAGGAACAGAUAUCGCAUGCCUUACUGCAACCAACUAUGUUGUCACCCCUAUACAGUCCAAGUUCGAUAUGGCUCGAUGUUACUACUUGGUAAAAGGGAAAGUAAGAGAGGUGAAAUACGAUGGCUCGACGUGGUCUGUUGUUGGAGAUGUGCCGCUGGAUUAA